GUUAACGCGCAUAUAUGGCCUGUUGGAUGUUUUCCUAUCAUCUUCUCGCACUCCUCAAAGUACUGUUAAGACGUUCUGGAUCCAUAAGGUAACCUUGUCGCUGAGUGUGUGUGGAGACGCGUCAGAAUCACAGGAUUCUGCUUUAGAAAUCUAACCAUAAAUUCUAAGUUCUGCGCGAUUUGUGCGUGGUCAUCAUUAAGGAUGGCCGGGGCUUAAAAGGGUUGGAUGUUCCUCGUCUUGCGAUAUCUGCACUUCAAUCACACAUAUCUGCAAUAUGAACGCGACAAUUCCCAUAAUCCGCUGCUGGCGAUCAAGCCCUACUCUCUUUCCAGCCACUCUGCAACCCCGAUUCUUGAGCUCUUCACUUGUAGGGCGAGCCUGUUACUUGGAUCGAAUCAAGGUGUUUCCACCACGUCAGAAGACCAAUUACUAUUCCACCAAAGCAGGAAAUGCGACUCCUGUGACAUCUCCAUCACGGUCGGUGUGGCGCCUCCCCUUCUGGAAGUGCCGGCACACCUGGAAGCGAGCGGGAGUCAACACGCUGCGUUGUCUGGCGGGCUGUACGCUUGGUGACUUUUCUGCACUAUGGAUGCUACAAACUUACUACCCAGACCUCGGGAUGACCACAAUCAUGGGUGCCUCCAUGGUGUCUGGCAUCACGACUUCAAUCAUUCUUGAGACUAUUCUACUCCGGCGCGGAGUCGACCAACUCUCCUGGCCUAUGGCGGUCCGCACUGCAAUGGGCAUGAGUAUGAUAUCAAUGGUGGCGAUGGAGGCGGCAGAGAAUAUUGUCGACUACCAUCUUACAGGCGGUGUAGUGGCCUUGGGGGAUCCAAACUUCUGGAUGGCAGCAGCCUUGUCCAUUGCUGCUGGAUAUCUCGUCCCAUUGCCAUAUAACUACUUGCGUUUGAAAAAGUAUGGGAAAGCCUGUCACUGAAUCCGGUAUUUGUAUGCGUGGCUGCCAGGCCAUGAAUGGUAGGAAUUGAUUACCGUAAUAAGACCUGCAGUAUUUACAAUGCGAAAUGCUACAAAUGCCAACGUGAACUAAAUUAAGUCCACGUGUCUGGAAUCAGGCUAUAUUGCCCCUAUCUGGUUUCCAUUUCUUGUGUUUCGGGGUUUCUGCGACUAAAGGCAUCAUGUACUUUAAAUUGGCGGCUGUAAGCCCAGUCGAAGGUUAAACCAACCGCCAGUUGACAACCGAGGUACAGCCAGCCUUAGUUCCUUUCUCGAAGUUUCAGCGUGCUGCCUUAAACGGCAAAUUAAAUAGAGGUCAAGACAUUUCGGAAAUUUGGCUCUAGUAACCAUGUUUACUAC